GACCUAUGACCACUGUGUGAGACUUCAGUGCACGCUUUCCCAAGUGACUUCCUCAUCCCUAGUGUGUAAUUCCUCACCAUGGAUCUGCUCCUUUAGCUAAGACAUGGCCAGCAAUGCUAGUAGUAAGAGAUGUGCUGACUAGCAGGCUCACUUGUACGGUGUAGAAGACAAGCAGUACCUUACAAAAUGGGAUUUGGGAGUGACCUGCGGAACUCACAGGAAGCUGUGUUAAAGUUGCAGGACUGGGAAUUACGGUUCCUGGAAACAGUGAAGAAAUUUAUGGCCCUGAGAAUAAAAAGCGAUAAAGAAUAUGCAUGCAAUUUACAGAAUCUUUGUAAUCAAGUUGAUAAAGAAAGCACUGUGCAGGUGAAUUACGUCAGUAAUGUGUCCAAGUCUUGGCUACUGAUGAUUCAGCAGACAGAGCAGCUUAGUAGGAUAAUGAAGACGCAUGCGGAGGACCUGAACUCGGGGCCCUUGCACAGGCUCACCAUGAUGAUCAAGGACAAACAGCAGGUGAAGAAGAGCUAUGUGAGCAUCCACCAGCAGAUAGAGGCAGAGAUGAUCAAGGUCACAAAGACAGAAUUGGAGAAAUUAAAAUCCAGCUAUCGACAGUUAAUAAAAGAAAUGAAUUCUGCCAAAGAGAAAUAUAAAGAAGCCCUAGCCAAAGGGAAGGAAACAGAAAAGGCCAAGGAGCGCUAUGACAAAGCUACAAUGAAGCUUCAUAUGCUGCAUAAUCAGUAUGUACUGGCACUGAAGGGGGCACAGCUCCAUCAGAGUCAGUAUUAUGAUACCACACUUCCUCUGCUGCUGGACUCUGUGCAAAAGAUGCAAGAAGAAAUGAUAAAAGCACUAAAAGGUAUAUUUGAUGAAUACAGCCAGAUAACAAGCCUUGUUACAGAGGAGAUAGUGAAUGUCCAUAAAGAGAUUCAGAUGUCCGUCGAACAGAUAGACCCUAGCACAGAAUAUAAUAAUUUCAUAGAUGUUCACAGAACAACAGCUGCUAAAGAACAAGAAAUCGAAUUUGAUACUUCCUUAUUAGAAGAAAAUGAAAACCUUCAGGCAAAUGAGAUCAUGUGGAAUAAUUUAACAGCAGACAGUUUGCAAGUAAUGUUGAAGACUUUAGCAGAAGAACUCAUGCAGACACAGCAGAUGCUCUUAAACAAGGAGGAGGCUGUCCUGGAGCUGGAGAAGAGGAUUGAAGAAUCUUCUGAGACCUGUGAAAAGAAGUCUGACAUUGUGCUGCUUCUGGGCCAAAAACAGGCACUUGAAGAGUUGAAACAGUCAGUCCAGCAGUUGAGAUGCACUGAGGCAAAGUGUGCAGCACAGAAAGAAUUAUUGGAGCAAAAAGUACAAGAAAAUGAUGGGAAAGAACCGCCUCCCGUGGUGAAUUACGAAGAAGAUGCACGAUCAGUCACAUCAAUGGAGCGAAAGGAGAGACUAUCCAAAUUUGAAUCUAUUCGUCAUUCAAUUGCUGGAAUAAUUAGGUCUCCAAAAUCGGCCCUGGGCUCAUCAACACUCUCUGACGUGACCUCUAUGAGUGAGAAGCCCCUGGCGGAGCAUGACUGGUACCAUGGCGCAAUCCCCAGGAUAGAGGCCCAAGAGCUACUGAGGCAGCAAGGAGACUUCUUGGUGCGAGAGAGCCAUGGGAAACCCGGUGAAUAUGUCCUUUCUGUGUACUCAGAUGGACAGAGGAGACACUUCAUCAUACAGUUUGUCGAUAAUCUGUAUCGAUUUGAGGGCACUGGGUUUUCAAACAUCCCUCAACUUAUAGAUCACCACUUCUCAACCAAACAGGUCAUCACCAAGAAGUCUGGGGUGGUUCUGCUGAAUCCUAUUCCUAAGGAUAAGAAAUGGAUUCUCAAUCAUGAAGAUGUUACAUUGGGAGCAUUACUGGGCAAGGGGAAUUUUGGUGAAGUAUAUAAGGGUACACUAAAGGAUAAAACUGCUGUUGCUGUUAAAACAUGCAAAGAAGAUCUUCCUCAGGAACUAAAAAUCAAGUUUUUACAGGAAGCCAAAAUUCUCAAGCAAUACGAUCACCCCAAUAUUGUCAAACUUAUAGGCGUGUGCACCCAAAGACAACCUGUCUACAUCAUUAUGGAACUGGUCCCAGGAGGUGAUUUCCUGUCCUUUCUGAGGAAGAGGAAGGAUGAACUAAAGCUCAAGCAGCUAGUCAGGUUUUCCUUGGAUGUUGCAGCUGGCAUGUUGUAUCUCGAGAGCAAGAACUGUAUACACAGGGACCUGGCUGCAAGAAACUGCCUGGUAGGUGAAAAUAAUAUGCUGAAAAUCAGUGAUUUUGGAAUGUCUCGGCAAGAAGACGGCGGAAUAUAUUCAUCCUCUGGGUUAAAGCAGAUUCCCAUUAAAUGGACAGCACCAGAAGCUCUUAAUUACGGGAGAUACAGCUCUGAAAGUGACGUGUGGAGCUUUGGCAUCCUCCUCUGGGAGACCUUCAGCCUGGGAGUCUGUCCGUACCCUGGAAUGACGAACCAGCAGGCCCGGGAGCAAGUGGAAAGAGGAUACCGGAUGUCCGCCCCACAGAACUGUCCAGAAGAGAUUUCUAAAAUCAUGAUGAAGUGUUGGGAUUACAAGCCUGAGAACCGCCCUCGGUUCAGUGACCUUCACAAAGAGCUCACUGCCAUCAAGAAGAAAAUCACAUAGUGCCGGCCAGGGCCAGACUCCACCUGCAGGACUCUGUCCUCAGCCACCCCGACCUUAUACCACCUUACUGCAGCCAUCUUGGAAGGUUAUGUUUUUUAUUAACCGGGUUUUUUAAAGUCUGUUCCACUUUAAAAAUAUGUUAAAGGCAAAUUUAUUCAAGAAAUAAACAGUCCUACCCAGGGCCGUAUUAGCUAACCACAGAACCCUACCGUGUGAGGCCGCUGUAAAGAGAAAAGCACAGGUCUAACUGAGAAGAUAAAAGGCCUAUGUUUUCAUGCCUAGGACCAUUGAUGCUCCGCCAAGGUUUUCUACUUGAGGCACAGCCCGUGGGCUACUGUCUUCUGCCACAGGCCCUCCUCAGUUGGUGCUAUAAACAGCGUUGGUAGCGCAUGCUCGCAGGACGCGUUCCCACCACAGUUGGCUCUCUACUCUGCCAAGGCGAGAUUGUAUCUAUAAAUAUAAUCAUAUAUUGGGAAUUACUUGGACCUCCUAGGGUUUUUCUUUUCUUUCCUGUCAGAACAAGCCCGGUGAGAACAUUACACCCCUGUUAUUUUGUCUUUUACCUCCUCAGUCCAGGCUGCAGAAAAGGGUGCAUGGAAAAUUCCCAGAGAGCACACAGUAUGGAGGCAGCUGCUCCUGCAGGACACUGCAGAGGACAGGGAUGACAAGCAGUGUGUGACCAGGAGGGCAGGCUGGGAAAGUAGCGGCUAGCCGGUGCUCGCCAGGGAGAAGAAAACAGCAGCCUGCUUGCCUUCCAGACUUGCACCUUUACAAUACACUGUAUCUGUGGUCUGAAUUCCCUAAUGAAGCCUAGGAAAUGUCUCAGGAGCUCCUGGAGUCCAGAGGAGACUUUCUGAGAGAUCCUGAAGUCCGCAGAAGGAACAGCAUGACUUUAAUCCUGUACCUUCAUCCUAGGGGACAACCCAGAAUGGAAUUACCAUCAUUUAUACCAGUUCCUGAACCUUCAGAGUCCAUGACUCACACCCACAAACAUCCACAUACAUCUACUGAAGUGCACAGUUGCUGUGAAUGAAAUAGAUGGACCAGAAAUCAAGUAAAUAUUAAUGAAGAAACCCUAGGGCACCCACACUUCCAUCUCCUCUUUUCAUCUAAAGGCAGUCCCCGGAAAUCUUACUGAUAGCUCAUGGGUAUGCAAGCACACACAUCAUUAAAGGGUAUCUCCUGUGUAUAAAGUGUAGGGCGGUUCAAUCUAAGAUUUGGUUGAAGUGAAUCUUAGCUGUGUGCAGGGAACUUCCCCAUGAUCUAUCCACAGUUGUCUCAGGAUCAGUAUGUCUGGGGGAUAGUAUCACUAAGGGGAAGAUGUGGCCCGGAAGCCUUCACUAAGUCCUCAGACCUGUGUCCAGACAGACAUUGCUUUAGGGACUACUCACGUCUGUGUUGAAGAGCUCACGAUGGCAAGUCCCUCCCUUCCGGGCUGUGUAGAGCAUAGACCAGACUCUAAAGGGUAUAAAGGAGACUGCUGAAGAGAAGAAUGGCUGGUAUCUAUCAUUCCAGCCUCCUUGCUCAUUUUAUACACAUGUAAUGAUCAUACAUGCAGACUAAAGAAAAGGACCUAUGAGCCUGCCCACAACAGUACACUGCCCCACACAGAGCAGCCCCGUCAUCGGCAUGGCGCUCCCGCAGGUCAGACACCACAAAUGAGCUUAGCUCCCUUUUCAUGGCACACACCACGGAAACCCAAGUGCAGACUCCAGAAUUCAGACUCGGUGCUGUGCUGCUCUCCAGGCAUCUGUCGUCCCUCAGAAGGAGAUAAGACGUUCCCUUUCAGGGUUUCCAAGUGAAUCUGUCUAUAAUACAAUUUUUGUCCAUGAGAAAGAAAGAACAGCCUCUCAGAACUAUACUCCGGCCACGGAAAGGAGACUUGGCUCUAACUCUGUGAACAAGACCCGAAGCUUAAUCCUUGCAUUCUGCUUUAAAGAGAACAUGGCAUUGAUAAUUUCACUCAUCUCGGCUGUUGGGAUUUGCAAUUCACAUCAAAACUCUUUGCUUAAAUUAAAAAGGCUUUUCAAAACAUCGUGACAUCUGCAGCAUUUAAAUUCUAUUUUAUUCUUUGUCCCAGAGCAGGCAGAGGUACAGUUUAAGAUUAACUCAUCGGGAGCCUUUCAGGAUCAUGUCAGUCGUAUAGAAUAUUAAAUUUAACAUAGGCGCAUGUAUUAAGAAAAGCUUAUGCAAAAACAUUCUUACUGUUAAUUUUGUUAUGCUUGAAGCAUAAUUUAUUCAUCCCUUCUGUCACUGAUAAUUAUUGGAAUUAUGUACUUUAGGAGGCUAAUCCAUACCCAAAAAGUGCACAUAUAAAUACAGUUCUGAUUUGCAAGUUGAUUUAGGGAAAAGAGGCUGCAGAAAUGCACAGAAUUCUAUGAUUUGUUUUGUUAAGUAAUAAAUAGUAAACGGUGGUGCCCAAAAUUCCCGCUGGUGUGGCCGCACUUGAGCCUGGUCCCACAUCUUUAUUUCCCUAAUGGGUUAUCCGAGAGUUACCUGUAGCCCUGCUCAUAGCUACACUCGGCAUUCCUUCAGUUCCGCCAUCUGGGCAUGAAGGAGAGGCUGGUAAACCUGAGCAGUCCGACUUCACAGCUGCCUUUUCCUACCUUGAAUCACAAGAAGCCUUCAUGAGAAAUGGGUAGUUCACUGUUUUUCAGAGGGAGAAAACUUCUCUGCCAAGUCGGCAUCCUUGUGUAUCCCGUGUGACCUAAGCUUUCUUCCCAAAGCCAUUUUCUUAGGAAAACCGUAAGGGGAUUAUGAGGCUUCCUUUCAGCCCCCUCCUGCUCCGAGGUCCACAGGAAGAUGUCCCACGUGAUUCUUUCUCCUUUUUCCAAGACAGCAGGGAUGGUAGAGUUAGUUCCCCAGUCACAGCUGGCCCCUUCUCACAGACAUCAUACAGCCUGGAUCCAUUUGUGGGUAUCUCACAGAUGGUAUCCACUACAGGCAGGGUUGUUUAGAAAACAGAAUUUCUUAGAGCUGAGAUUGUAUUAGUUUCCUUUUUAGUCACUAUUUCUGUUAGCUAGCUUCACUGACCAACUCCACAGUGCUGGUACCAAGACUGUUGAUAAGCAAGCAUUUUAGUUGCAAUAUGUGCUGCGUGCCAGGACUUGGGGGAGGGGGCCCAAUGAGCACCCCGGCUGCAGCGGCACAGAUCUGUGUUGUGCGUCACGGUCAGAGGCGUCUCAGGCACACUUCAUGAUCCCUGUGAUUAUCAGUUGCUGUACAAGUGUACCUGAACAUCAUCCUGAUAUGCUGUGUACACUGUCUUACAGCUCUGUCCUUGAAGCAAGAGUGACAUCUGAAAGGGACUGUCUGCCUGAGCCCUCUCCCUUUCAGCACACUCCAUUUGUCACACCAUUGACAUCCGCCAUGUCUCUUGUCAAUAGAUGUGAAUGUCAUGGGAAGACAGACUUUUCUAUUUGGAGAUCAGAGCCCUCAUACAAAAAAACACCACCACCGAGAAGGAGCUGCAGAGACAAAUUUCCCUGUAUGUGUUACUGUCUUCAGUAGAUGGAAUCAAAGAUUUUACAUGGAGAUCAGUCAUUAAACUGGCAGGAGAGUUUACUAUCAAAGUAUUACCUCAUUUUAACUGAUUUUAAUUAGAUUUUUACUUUAUAUAUUUCUGGGCUUAUUAGUUUGAUGUCAAGUCUGACUAUGUACUUUUUCUGAGAAUGCAGAAUGCCACUCAUUUCUGUAGAAGAAAAAAGACCCUGAUUUAAAAGCCAGCAAGAUCACCCCAAGAAGAGUCACUUAUACAGACUUAAGCUCCCAUUAAAUGUCCCUUUGAAAGUCACGUUCUAAUACAGAUAAUCAACUAUCAUCUCGCUAAGUCAGUUUAAGAAAUGUACCCUCACCCCCACAAACCACCCUACUGUCCUCUACUGAUUCAAAGAUUAAAUUCAGGGCCAGCCUUAGAAUCACACUCUAUCCUGACAGGCAUGAAGAGUCUAGGACAGUAGGAAAACACCGUGCUGUGACAUUCUUAAUCCCUUUACAGUACCCAAGAGCAGGGGCACAGUGGGUACUGCCAGUGAGCUGUUCAGGCAGCAUGCAAGGAGGCAAAACAGGAGAAGAACGAGUUCCCUGGAGCAGGUGGAGAAAGUGGAGAAGACUGAUAGCGCAGCCUGGAAGCCCAAGGAAACUGCCAGGCGCCAAACCCUUCCCACAAAACCUAGAACAGAUCAUCAGUCCCAAAGCUGCAAAAGAGCCCACCCCAGUGCCAGGGCCACUCCCUGCAGCAGGAGCUGCUCACUUGGCACCCGAUCCAGAGCUGACUGUGUGAGAUGUUCCACUCACCAUCUUCCCACCCAGUAAAACUGGUCCCAUGUGCUCAGUCCUAAAAGAGUAGCCAAUGCCUCUUUACAUUUGCGCUAGUUAUCAGUACGUGUUAGGCUGAAGCCACUGAUUCUUCACGUCUCAUUAGGAAUCUUUUUAUGCAGUAGAAGCUAACUUGUGCUAAGGUUUCCUAAAUGAGAACAUGCAUCAUCUUGUGACACCUUUGACCACUAGUAAGUAACUAAAUGGUUCCUGGAGUUUCCUGCUGAGGGGCCCUACUGUGCCACACUCUUAUGAAGAGAAACAAAGCAUCAGGGAAGUUGGGAAAGUAGCUGUGUUUCUUGACUUUCCACUAGUAACGCUUAAGGGAAAGAGAAAAAUAGAGACCUUCUGAGGCAGAGCACAGUUCAGCCGGGUAAGGAAGUGGGCCUCCAGCAAAGGAGUCCAGGAAAACAGAGGGCAGUCAGAAUAUCAGUGAGACCCAUGGAAAAGCCUGAAGCUCUGGCAGCAUGGAGCCCACCUCCUUCUGAACAGUACCAAACAGAGCACCCCUUCAGCUUCUGCAACAGUUUCUUGAAGGGCUUGAGUAGACUGUUUCAGAAUGUAGCCUCUUUCUCUGCAAAGCUACAGAGGUGGGAGUCGAGCCCAUCUCCUAUGCACCCUAAACUGGGAAACUGAGUUACAGCACACUCAGCAUAGGGUCUACAGGCAAUUGUUGGGAUGUCUCUGGGUUUCACUUCAUUAAUGGAAAACUGUAACGCGGCACGUUUAGCUUCCUUACUAGCAAACUUGUAAGAAUUCUCAAACAAGAAUACCCACCAACAUCUCCUUUUGAACUUCAGAACUGUGUACCCAUUAACAUCCAUUAAGCCAGUAACAUGCAGGUGUUCCAGAGGACCAGAGUGCUGGGUGACAGUAAUAGUCCUGUCGCAGAGUGUUUCCCUCCAGUGUGCCAUACCAGGUCCAGCAGUGCUGAGAGGUGUGGUCUUCAGACUUGGUUUUGACUGCUGGCUAGCAUCCUUUCUCAUCUUUGGCUUUGCAGUGCUUCUCUUUCCCCGAAGAGAAAAGCCUUCAGUGUUCAUUGGCUUCUAACCCAAGAGUCUCUUCUCAGGGGUUCCCUGCCUUACAGGGAUGUGCAGACCUAUUCUGAGAAGUCCAAGCAUACAGUCAGCCUGAGAGUAAAGAUGACGUGUGGAGAUGGCAUGCUUAGGUGCUGUGUGAGCGGCCUUAUCACCAAAGGCUUGGGGACCUUUUUCUAAGGACAUUAAGACUACUGUGAGUGGGCGUGCCCAGGUUGAAGGCUUCCUUAUUGUUUUGGGCUAGUAAGCUGACCUCCCACCCCCAAAGACAUAGUGGAACAGAAUACUCCACAGUAAAGCCCUGGACAUCCAGUUCUUCCACACACUACUGCAGGCUAAUACACUUUGUAUCCUCUAUACCCUUCUUAAGAGCAAUAGCUAAGUUCUUCAAGUUAUAUCAUGUUAAAUGAUCUUCUAAAACUUUAAGAGGGCACUCUGAGGGUUCAAAGUAAGCCAGUCUGCCUGAAUAGACACCCCAGAACAUUGUAUGAAGACAUCAGCUCUCCUCAUAGUUUCCCAAAGCACCUCCCUGGAAAACCAGACAUUACCGCUUUCCCUGUUUGUUGGGAAUUUCUGUAGCAUCACAUAAGUAGGCUGCGAAUGCCACCCAGCAGAUUCUAGACUGGCCCAGUAGGAAGCCAGGUGUCCUCCUCUAGCUACCAGAACAAACAACAGAGCCCUGUAAGAGACACACCAUGGCCACUUGUGAGCACAGCGAGAACCCAAGUGUGAAAAGAAGCUACAUAGGAAUCCAAACUCCUGUUCCUCCUGAAGUACUUGUCAAAUCACUGAGGUGUUGGAGUUGCCUGACAAUCAUUAUAGAACAAAAAGUGAGCCCCUGUCUUCCCUGAGACCCAGGGAGGUCUCUAAGUGACCUAUAUUCAAACCCUUAGGGGCCAAGAGAGACUCAGACAGCUGCUGUCAUUGAUACCCUGUGGUAGCUCACCAUAACAUGCCUUUUCUUUAAGGAUUUUCCUCUUACAAAGAAUUUGGUGGGGAAAAUAUGCCUGCCAACUCCUAAGAAAUGCCAGACUAGUUAGUGUAUGCAAACACCGUGGCAGGAACCAAGCCUGAGCCUCACCCAGAGGACAGCUGUGUUUAACUUAGCCCUGGGUGCUUAGCCCAUCCCAGGCUAGCUGUAGCUGCUCUCCUUUAGCAGCAAUCAGAAAACCAACACUAAGAAAAGCAAGGUUCCAACAGAAGAGACUUUCCUAUCCCUCCUUAGGCCCUGGUCCUUUACAGACACAGUGCACAGGAUGUGGACACAUCCCAGCAGAGCUCACUUUUUUAUUUAGUGUCAAUGGGAUGGUUUCCUCCAGCUUCAGCAGGUUACUAUGGGUAUUCUUCACAGUCAAGUGGCUCUAAGCAUCCAAUCAAACAUAAAAGCAGCUCAUUUGUUCCAAAUGCAUGGCGAAAGUGGCCAGAGACACAAGAUGCCCUUUGUCUGCUGGAAUGUCACUUCACUGUCACAAGGUCUGCUCCCCAGCUUUAUCUCAUGCACAAGGUCCCCACGUGGAUGUAGUUCUUGUGGGACAGUUCCAUCAUCAUCCUUGAUCAUAGGCUACCCAGGCUGCCUGCUGAGUCAGCUUCCUUACAAACCCCUGGAGAUUCUAGGUUUAAAUGCCUAUAGGUUUUAUGUUUUCUUUGUGUUUCAGUGAAUGAGUGAUUGAGCAGCUGGGGACAGUGGGGACGAAUGCUGAUGCACAUCCUGUUCACUUUGCGUCAUAGUUGGUGUCUGUGUUUCUUAGUCUGCUCUGGGUGCUUUUGUGAGCGCUCUAGAAUUCCAGAACUCUCCAAAAGCAUAGCCAUGCAACCACAUCAGGUUUAAAAAUCCGUAGAAAUACAAGGGAAUGAAAGCUAGCAUCAGAGACCCACAAACUACUCUGACUUCUUCAGGAAUCCAAGCAAACUGAGCACAAAAAACAAAAACACAGAAUACUCAAUUGGUGCGCAGCCCACGUGACUUCAGUGGGCUGUCAGCCCCGCCAUUUUCCUGGCACGGGAGCACGGAGAGCAGGGACAGAAAUACACUUUCCUGAGUUGCUUUCUCUGCUUGUUACAUGGAGAUGAACUCGUGUUGAGGGAGCAGGGCUGCCCUCGGCCACCUGCUGUCUAAGUGUCCCAUCUGCAAGCAGCAUUGUGAGACAAGCACCCCUGUGUUUGGUUCACGGUUUCCUUCGGUGCCAAUGGAUGGCCGUGUUAAUAUCAGGUUAAAGCACCUUUAAUCUUCUUUUGUUAUUUUAAAAUAAUAUAUUUGUGAAGUGGAUAAAAGAAACACUGGAAAUGGGGUGCUUCUGAAAAUAUCAAGUGUAAAACAUAUGUUCCAGGUCCAUGGUGGUUUUUCUGGCUUUGUAAACAAUUCUAAAAAUGGAUGACAGCUACGUGUGUGGAGCAGUUAGUUGUCUACCUUUGGUCAUUUGUAUCUCAGAUCUGUAUUUAACACAUAUUUAUUUGUUAGAUUUUACAUUCGAUGAAAUACACUUUGAAUUUUGAAUGGCUAACAUUACCGAAUGUUCUGAAAAUUGCCUUCUACGUUUUUAGAAACACAAUUCAUCAUUUUUGUACAAUUGGGCCGUUUUUUUGGACAGCCUUUUCUCUUGCCAGAGACCAAUUACCAUCCAUUGGUCUGCGGAGCCGCUUUUUACCUUGUUCUUGUAAUGAUGUAAAAUAUUUACAGCAAACUGUGCCGUGUCUUGUUUGAUCUUUCUGUCAUGUUUACAUUUCUCCUCCUCUACCACAUAAAUAUGCUCAAAAAAAGAAGAAAAUGAAAGUGAGAUUUCCAUGGUAACCGGCCUCCUCUGGCUGUAACACUGCAUGAAAUUAUUAGCUUUGGGUUUCUUUGUAAUUAAGCGCAUAAGUCGUGAUGAGGAUGGUUAUGCUGCUCCAGUCCAAGAGUCUCUUUCUGUUGAGAUAUCAAGAUUGAAAUGUAGCUCAAGUCUGAGUUUUC